ACGUAGCAACACUUCCAGGAGCACAAUGGGUUUGUUCCAGGAACACAACAGGUUUGACUCUGCUCACAGCAACUUGCAAGACAAAGAUUGGUCCUGGGCAGUGACAUCCACCGGAGACAAGUCCCCUGGGUUUACUCUGGAAAAACAGGAGUGGGACUAAGGGUCACCCCUAUGGCUGAGCAGCCCUUCCCAGAGACAGCCCUGCUAGCUCAGGUGCUGGCUGCAGACAGCACUGAAGCCCCUUCACUCCGCACUACACGCCGUGGGUCGCAGCCCCCAGCCCGCGGCACUGAGGAUGGCAAACCACCGCCCCUGCUUUCCCGCCGCAACUCCAUCCUCAGCCGCCGCAGCUCCUUCGGGAUGGUCCCGGGGAGCAGGCGUCCCUCCAUUGGCCCCUGGAUGUUCCACAGACGUGUUAGCUUCUCUGGGCUCCCAAUUUUCCAACCCAUUCUCAAGGCCCGCCUUGAAAACACUUACAGGAUGGGGCCAGACAAAGGCUGCAAGUUUGAUGCAGAGCGAGUGCAGCAUGUGCUGGAGGGGACCCUGGCUUGUGCCCUGGGGACCACUGUGUACAGUCCCCAGGGCAGUGCCCCCCUAGCCCAGAGCCUGACUGAGCUGCUGCAGAACCAGGCCAAGGAGGUGGUGCCAUCCCGCUACAAGCUGGUCUGCCAUGUGGUGCUGGGCCAGCAAGGCCAGCAGAGUCUGGUGGUGGCCAGCCGGGGACUGUGGAACCCUGAGACUGACAGCUUUGCCUCUGCCACCUUCUCCAAUGCCUCCCUCUUCGCUGUGGCCACAGUGUAUGGGGUCUACUUUGAGUAG